AAUCAGAUGGCAGGUUGCCUUUUAAAACCGGGAAAUCCAAAGUAAACGUAAAUACACACUUACAGUUUAACGAAAACACUGCGCGUGGUAAAAGGUUUCUAAAUAACAAGUGGUCGAGUGCAAGAGGCCAUGGAUGCUAUGGUUUACCUUGAUCAAGAAAACGGCACACUUGCUGCACCAUCUAUAAAAGCUCGCCAGAGGCUGCAGUCUGCACCGGAACGUCUCCUAAAAACCCCACUGAAGACAUGGCUUGGAGCUCCUGCACGGCCAGGCCGCAAAGCUUUGGGAACAGUUAAUAAGAUUCAAGCCACUCCUGCAACCACUCAUAAAGGCGAUGUUCUGAAUAAACCAGCCCAGCAGUCUAAAAAGGCUCCCCAGGACUAUCCAGAGAUUGAGAAGUGCUUCCCAUAUGACCCAAGUGACUUUGAAGUAUACCAUGUACCAGAAGAAGUCUGCCUCAGCCAGUUGUCAUUGGCUGGUUUGGGAAAACAGCGGUGGCCUGUAAACGUGAUUGAAGAGGAUUUCAGUGUGAUUCAACCAUGUUUGCCUCCAUCUCCGCUUAAGAUGCCUUCAGAGCACUGCAGAGAUGAACUGGAAGCUUUCCUAGAAACCAUCACUGAGCUGACUGUGGAUUUGCCACCCGAGUUUGACUCAUGAUGCUGAAAUAUUACUUUCAGCAUUACUUUGAACUAUUACUUUUUCCUUUUUUUAUAAUAUUAUUGUAAUAAAGUUCUUUUAACAAAUUGA